AUGCAAAACCCAUACGUGACAUCAGGACCCACAUUGGACGUUUCUCUGAACCAAGCCAUCCGCGUCCAAUCACCAGCCGGCUUCAACUCGCACUGGGUUGGGCACUGGAUCACAACCACCAACAAUCUUCAUUUCGUCUUAAUUACAUUCGCGAAUGUCGUCAAUGGAGGCCCCGAUAAUGCAACAGAUGGAGGCUCAGCCAACGGUUGCCUGAUUUACUCACUGGAGUCUGGUGGCUCAAGCUCGUCAUACAUCGCCGGAAAGCUUACCACCUUUGGGCAAGAUAAACUCAGAAUCCAGUUUGGCGAUCAGUACGAGCUGCACAGCUUAGCAGAUGAUAAUAUAUCUGCCAUCAACGUCAUCGCAAACUAUACUGAGAGCAAAUUUAGCCUCAACACGACAUUUCAGCCUCGAGGCUCUCUUUUAUUCAAUGGUGGCAGUGGAAGCCUCUAUUGGGGCUCAGUUUUCAACCAUCAAUGGUCCAGUUCAGCUGCCUAUACCACAGGAACGUUUAUCAUCAAUGGAACAAGGCACACUAUCGAUCCCAAGCACUCAACGACAUGGUACGAUCGUCAGUGGGGCGAAAAGAACCCAACGCAAGGGUGGCACUGGUUCCCAAUCCAGCUCGAAAACGGGGUCCGCAUCUCAACGUGGAUAAUCCCCACAGAACAAGGCGACGCCUUGAAAGCCUUCGCCACGGUCUUGUAUCCCAAUGGAGAACAGGAAGUGGUUAGCGUAAACCCUGAUAUCAAGCCGAAAGAUGCGUGGGUAUCACCGACUACGAACCGCACCUGGUACGGGUCCUUUGAAGUCUCCUUUUUAGAUGAAUACAAUAGCGUGAUCACUGCUGUAGCUCCCGACGUCACCAAUCGGAAAUUUGGGGAGGCUAGCUUUGGGCCAUCGUUUGCAUUUUGCGAUUCUUUCACGCUCUACAAGGGAACCUGGAAGGGACAAAGCGUUCGCGGCUGGGGAAUUGUCGAGCAGUGGCCGGCAUCUUGA